CUUUGUGCCUCCUUCUCUAUCUUCUCCGUUCAGAACAGAAACUGAGAGUACAAAAAAAUAAUAUAUUAGAAACGGAGAGUAAUGGUUUGGGUUUUGGUUUUGAUAGAAACCCGACCGAAACCGACUGUGUGCAGAUCUAGAUAGUAUAGAUUAUUCUCUUUUCUUAUUUAAAAAAAAAAAAGGAAAAAAAAAAGUAUCCGAUCUAAACACCGCUUGGUGGCCGAGAUAAAAGAAACAUUCAUCUUCCCCUCAUCCGUUAGUCAAUUCCAAUUGUAUUCUCACGAAGAAGAAUCUGAGUAACGAAACCAGAAGAGAAUGUACAACGGGAUUGGGUUGCAGACAGCAAGAGGUUCCGGAACAAAUGGUUAUGUACAAACAAACAAAUUCUUUGUAAGACCAAAGACUGGGAAAGUAGAAACAAAAGCAUUUGAAGGUGAUCAAGGAACUGGUGGUGUUAAAAGGGCAAACAAAGAUAUUCUUGAACAUGAUAGAAAGCGUCAGAUUCAUCUCAAAUUGGUUGUUUUGGAAGAUAAAUUGAUUGAGCAAGGUUAUACUGAUGAUGAGAUUUCUCAGAAGCUUGAUGAAGCAAGGAAAUCAUUCGAAGAAGAAUCUCAAAAAACAAACAUCCUUGGAACCCAAAAAACAACAGCCAAGGUAUCAGAUACUCAGACCCAUCAAAUUGCUGCUAGAAAGGAGAGACAGAUGGAGACGUUAAGGGCUGCUCUUGGGAUAGUAAAAGCUGAUCAAACUUCUUUACUCCAGGAAGAAAGGAAACUGGUAACUUCGCUGGAAUCUGAUGCUGCACUAAGUGAAGGGGAGAUAGCAAAAGAAGACUUGAUAGAGAAACAUGAACCUAGCAAACAUGAGAAAGAUGUUCCUAAGAAGGCUGAUAAAAAGCUGGGAAAAGAUACCAGUAGCAGAAGGUAUGAUAAUGAGAAGUCAAGACACCGUGGAAAGGAAGAUAAUCGAAAGAGAGGGUAUAAGGAUGGUUCUUCUGAUACUGAUGACAACUCAAAGCAUGGAAAAGGUCUGAGGAAGAAACAUCGGAAAAGUAGGCAGGACAGUGAUUCUGAAACUGUUUAUGAUAAGCGCAAAGAAAAGAUGUCAAACGUAAAGAAAAGUUCCCGGCAUGAUAGUGAUGAUUCUAGUUCUGAAAGCGAUGAUGUUGGUGAAAGAACUAGCAAAACGAAAACAGAAGAGAAGAAAUUUGCUAAAACUCAUCAAAGUCGUGAUUUGGAUGAGGAUGCAAAGAGACACAAAAAUCAAGUUGCAAAGCACAGCAGGAGACAUGACUCAGAAGAUGAAUGUGAUUCUGAUAAGGGACGGAAACAUGGUAGUGAAACAUUGAGGAAAAGUCAGAGAAGCAGAAGACAUGAUUCUGAUGAUGAAAGCUCUGAUUCUGAUAGAGGGAGGAAGAAUGCUAAAGAACAGGUGAAGAAGCAUAAGACCACAAAAAGAGAAGAUACACCAACUGAUAUCAGCGAGAGCAGUGACAGCGGCAGCAGGAGCACAGAUGCCUCUAGCAAAAGGAACAGCCAUAGUGACUCAGGCAGCAGUAGUGAUGAUGAUCGCGCUGGAAAAUCUGGUAUGAAGAGGUUCACUGACGCUAAUAAAGUAUCUAGUUAUAGGAGGGCUCAAAUUGAUAGAUAUGAGCCAAGGAGGGACAUUAGGGAGGAAAGAUAUGUGAACCGAGAAAUUAGAGAGAAGGAAAAGCUAGAAUCUGGAGGAAACAAAGAAGAACUAUCAGAAUCAUACUCAAGAGAUGCCCAUUACAGAAGAGAGAGUGAACGCGGAACUCGUAGGGACGGCAGGGCAGGAGUUGGUUCAGAAACUUCUAAGAAAGAAGACAGUCGAAAAGAGGAAGACACUUUGACUUUUGGUAGGUCAAGGAAUGAAUUGCCGCAUAAACAUUGGGAUGCAGAACAAAAAGAUUUUACUCAUCGAGGAUUUGGAGAUGAACAAGGAAACAUAAAGCUAGGAAGGGGUAAAAAGGAGCGUGGUGGUGACAGAAGGCGCGGAAGAGAUGAAGAAGAAGAGCACGCCAGCAGAAAGCAUGCGAGAAUUGAAGAAAAAGAACAUGCUACCAAACAUGAGAGUGGGGUGGAGCGAGGUAGGAAAAUGUAUGAGAGGAAGGAAGAGGAGCUCCGAGGCAGAAAUCGUGGAAGAGAUGAGGAAGUGCGGGGAAGUAGGAGUAGAGAAGAGGAAGAUCAGCGAAGUGGGAGGCGUGGAAGGGAUGAAGUAGAAAGAGAGAGUAUGAGCACGAAACGAGGAAGGAACGAAGAGGUUUAUGGAAGCGGGGUGAAUGAAGUUCGUGGAAGUGGAAGACUGGGAAGAGGUGAAGAAGAAGAAAGAAAAAGUUCCCGGGAAGGAAGAGGCAGAGAAAUGGAUGCUAAAAGGGGUCGGUAUGAUGAUUAUUCUCGAUCAAGGGGAAGAAAUGGACCCAAGAACAACAGCGAUGACGAUCAGCCAAGGAGGCAAGACCAUGAAUAGUUGAGACCAGCAAUACUCUUGGUGAGUUGGUUGAUGUGAUUGAAAAGUUCUUUUUAUUUUACCAAGGCAUAGUUUCAUAUUUGUUUAUGUUUGCACAAACCUACUUUGUAAAAUUACGCAAUUUCAGGCAAGUGUUUUUAACUUAUGCUUCCAGUGUGGGGAGACAUGUUGUGGAAGCGAAUAUUUUUGUCAGUUGCUUUUGUUGUAAGUUUUCCUGCCUAUUAUUCUGUUAGAUGUGGCAGUUUAAAUAUGUAGUUGAGGGUAAAACUGUUGUUUCUUGUACUUGUUUUGCGCUGUUGCUGGCACAAAUGGAAGAUCUUUUAUCCAGUCGUCUAAAA